AGCCGCACAAACUUCACUCUGGAACAGGUUCGCGCACUGAAAGAUAUAUUCGAAAAGACCAUGUACCCAAGUUGGAUCACCAUGAAUGAACUGAUUUCAGUUACCCGUCUGGAUGAAUCUGUAAUAAAGACUUGGUUCAAGAACCAGCGUGUCAAAAGGAGGAAACAGCAGAGACCCACUCAAUCCAGUCCAUCACUAGAAGCACCAAACAAAACUGCCUCCGUGAAGGAAGAGGAUAUCCCUUCAGCCGAGAUAACUGCAAACACUAGUCCCACAAGCCUCAACAUUUCAGACCACUGCGACCAUGAGUCACCUGAGCCUUCUGGUAUCGAGCAACCCAGAAGGGCUGGUGCCUCUAGGGGAAAUUCAUCAGGGGAUCCUCAGCCUUCUGAUCUCCAGCAGAUAUGUCUGGGAGCCUCUGAAGCUCCUUGGGCCUCCAUUCCCUAUGACAUAGAUCAGUUUAUACAAGCAUAUGCCUUACCCGUGGACGAUGACCCCUGUGGUCUAGACCAAUACCUCCUCCCAAAGCCCCCCGGCUGGGGGGGUAGGGCUGGCACUGACCUUCAGUGUGAUGGCUGA